AGCAUGAGCCGAGACGAGCAGAGCAGGUCAUGUCUAUCCAGUACUGUAGGUACUACUGGCCUUACAAGGGUUCUGUGAAUUGUGAGCCUCUGGUGCCUGAUUGGCUGUAGUGUCCAAAGGUUGGUUGUUUGUCCCUGCAGAUACACAAGCUGCUGCAGAUAUCGGUGCUGGUAGUGGAAUUGCUAGACUCAGGCUCCUCUGUUCUGGUGAGCCUGGAGGAUGGCUGGGACAUCACCACUCAGGUGGUGUCCUUGGUGCAGUUGCUCUCAGACCCCUUCUAUCGCACCCUGGAGGGCUUCCGCCUGCUGGUGGAAAAGGAGUGGCUGUCCUUUGGUCAUCGUUUCAGCCACCGUGGGGCCCACACCCUAGCUGGGCAGAGCAGUGGCUUCACACCUGUCUUCCUGCAGUUCCUAGACUGUGUACACCAGGUCCAUUUGCAGUUCCCCAUGGAGUUUGAGUUCAGUCAGUUCUACCUCAAGUUCCUCGGUUACCACCAUGCAUCCCGCCGUUUUCGGACCUUCUUGCUGGACUCUGACUAUGAGCGUAUUGAGCUGGGGCUGCUGUAUGAGGAGAAAGGUGAACGCAGGGGCCAGCUGGCAUGCAGAUCUGUGUGGGAGUAUGUGGACCGGUUGAGCAAGAGGACUCCCAUGUUCUACAACUACACAUAUGCACCUGAGGACACAGAGGUGCUGCGACCCUACAGCAACGUGUCCAAUCUGAAAGUGUGGGAUUUCUACACUGAGGAGACGCUGGCUGAGGGCCCCCCGUAUGACUGGGAGCUGGCCCAGGGGCCCCCUGAGCCUCCAGAAGAGGACCGGCCUGAUGGAGGUGCUCCUCAGAGCAGGCGCCGUGUGGUAUGGCCGUGCUAUGACAGCCGCCCUCGAGUCCAGCCUGACGCCAUCUCACGCCUGCUGGAGGUGUGUGCUGCCCCAGAGUUGGGCCUGGUUUCCUUUGUUCUCCUUCCUCUUGUUCAGACCCCAGAGCCAUGUCUGUGCAUAUGUGCAUAUGUCCUUAGGGACUACAGUGGCUCUGACUCUGCCACCAUAUGAACUGCUUGCUUACUUGGGGUAGUUGUGGUUCCUAGGUCUCUGUCCCAUGCUAACAGAUGUUUGCAGAUAACAGUGUGAGAAAGCGUGUGUCAGACACUCUCAAGACCCAGGACCUGGUUUUUGCUCUUGGCAUAUGUACAUCCCUUGACCUGGUGUAUUAGUCAGCUUUGGUCACUGUAAGGAAAUACUGGAGAUAGGCUAAUUUACAAGGUAGAAGAAUUUAUUUAGUUUGCAGUUUUGGAGGCUCAAGGGCAUAUACUACCCAGUUCUGAUAAGUCUCUGGGCUAUGUCACAUCAUGGCAGAAUCUCCCAAGUUCUCUAUGUGACCCACAGACCUUCCACCAGUCCCCACCCCUUAAGAUUGCAUCACUUCCUGUUCUGUUACCCAGGGACUAAUCUUACUUUCCCAUGGACCUUUGUGGUAUAGACCACAUCUACACUCUAGUACCUUGCUUUAAGUAACUUAGGCAGCACCAGGGCAUUAGUGCGGGCAGGGUUUCUCCAGGAACCAUUCUGUGUUUGCUUAGUUGUCAGUGAGUAGCAACUCAUCUGAGUUCCAGCCCUGGACCUUAGAGUCACUGUCACCUCCCACUCUCCACUUUUCUGGGCAUGUCUGCUCCGGAAUCAGAAUCAAACAAGGGCAGAGACCUUUGGAAAGGAAAAAGGGCCAAAUGAGUUGUUAGUAGUUGGUGUGUGGUAGUUGAGACAGUGUACAGGGUGGCAAGUCCUGUCUGUGGCUUGGCCUCCCUCGUUGGUUCAUCAGGCUGAGUAGUCAGAAGGGUGUGGGCCUCAGAUCCUAAGCAGGAGAGAGUUUGCACUCCUCUGUGCUGGCUGUGUCUCCUUCAAGACUAUGUGAGCACCUUAGA